GUAAUGCGGUCCGGGUUGGUAAAUCGCUCCGUGGUGCCAUGUGGAGAAGCGGCUGUAAACACACGCUGUCGCGGUAAAAAGAAAACGCUUUGUAGCUGACAAUGAGUCUGUUACCUCGCACUGCAGAGGAGUUCAGCUCUGCGGAGUACUGGGAGAAGUUCUUUAAGAAGCGCGGAGAAAAGGCUUUUGAGUGGUAUGGAGACUACAACAAACUCUGUGGCGUUCUGCAUAAAUACAUCAAAGUGCAAGAUAAGGUGCUGGUGGUCGGUUGUGGUAACUCUGAGCUGAGUGAGCAGCUCUACGAUGUCGGUUACAAACAUCUAACUAAUAUCGACAUCAGCGAAACAGUGGUGACCCAUAUGAACCAGAGAAAUGUCGAGCGUCGGCCGGGCCUCACCUUUCAGCAAAUGGAUGCGACAAAGACUCCAUUUGAGGACGCCAGCUACCAGGCAGCCCUGGACAAAGGUACACUGGAUGCCAUGGCAUCUGAAGAGGAAGGAGCUCUAGCCAGGAACAUGCUCGCUGAGGUGGGCCGUGUGCUAAGUGUCGGGGGACGGUACGUCUGUGUGACGUUGGCUCAGGAGAGCGUGAUCAAGUUGGCGGUGGAGCACUUCGUACAGCUGGGGUGGGCAGUGAGGCUCCACUGCCUGCAGGAGGGAAGUGGGGACGAGGAGGACUCCUUUGCUCUGCCUGUCUUUGUCUUGGUUGGCACCAAGUUUCGUCAGCCUAUGCCCGUGCCCAUUCUGGAGAUGUGUCUUGGCGAAGAUGGAACCCCGACGCGUCUCACGCAGGUUUCAGAUUUGUUGGCGGCUGUGAGAGAGCAUCAGGCGUACUCUGUUUUGAGAAAGAAGCUUCGCUCAGGAACAGAUGCCAGCUCAAACCAGUCACUCACUCUCUGCCACACUAAGACUGGCCUUCCCAGAUACACAGUCACAGUGCAAGACUCCCCCCCAGGAGCCAAGGUUCCAAGAUCAAACCAGUUUGCUGUAUUUAUUGUGCCUCAAGGCAGUGAGACAGCGUGGCUUUACAGCUCCAGCGAAGGUCAAAGGCAACUGGCAGCCAGCGCUAACUUUAGACGCCUGCUUAUUGUGACAAUGCACAGAAAUCAAGAUUACACAGACAUGCAGGCUGUCCAGGCUGAGCUCUCACCAAUGGUGAUGGACUUGGCUCCCCCCGGUAUGCCAGCCAACCAGCAGGUGCCCUUUCUGUCAGUUGGAGGGGAUUUGGGUUGGCGAGAGGAGGUGAGCAGGGGAGUGAGUGAGCUGAGCGGAGAAUACUGUGUGGAGAACGUGAAAGGAGAAGAUGGUGAACUGUAUCGUAGACUCGUAUUUCUGUCCAAUGCAGCCCUUGUCCAAUCAGAAAGUCGUCUUGUCUCAUCCAACACCUCAUCAAUUCAAAAAAAGAAGAGCAAAAAAAAGACCAAAUCAGCAGCUGCUCCUACAUCUUCAACGUCUCUGUCAGUGGACAGUGGUUUCCUCUGCUGCGCUCACCAUGAAGUCAUGGUGGCAGGUCUGGCAAUGCUUGGGGUGGGCAUGCCAAAGAAUAAAGACAAGCCAGUGUCAGUGCUUCUGAUUGGGCUUGGUGGUGGAGGCCUGCCUCAGUUUCUGCGGGACUUUGUGCCUGAAGUUAUGAUUGAGGUUGUGGAACUAGACCCGGUGGUGCUGGAUGUGGCAAAGGAAUGGUUUGGCUUCAGACCGGACGAUCAGCUGUGUGUCACUCUUGGGGAUGGCCUUGAACACAUCUGCACCCUUGAGAAAAAAGGUGGUCGUCUGUUUGAUGCCAUCAUGUUUGACGUAGAUAACAAAGACAGCACUGUGGGUAUGAGCUGCCCUCCUGCUGCCUUUGUAGAAACCUCCAUGCUGCAGAAGGUCCGCAGCCUCCUAAGCCCCAGAGGUAUCUUUAUCCUGAACCUUGUGUGUCGUGACUCCGUCUUGAGGAAGAGCGUGCUGGAACGUGUCAACAGCCUAUUCCCCACCGUCCUGUUUCGCAAGAUUGAAGGGGAGGUGAAUGAGGUGCUGCUGUGCUCCUGUGAAAAGAGGGAAAAGUCCAGUGGCACUGACAUCUUUCCAUCCUUAAGUGAAGCAGCCAAGGUUCUGCAGAGUGCACUGAGCUCUAAAAGGACUGGAACCAACCACAAGCCGCAUAUAGAUAUAGUAGAGCUGCUAAAAGACAUGAAGGUGGAGUAAUGUCUGCUGGGCUUGAGUUAAAUGUAAGACAAGUACACAGACUUCACCAUUCAGUGCAAUGUAUGUAUAUCAUAAUGUCAAGUAAAUAAUAUUUUAUCAUUACAUCUUAA